AUGGGUAUGCAGGGCACAACAUUUGGAAUCCCAGCAAUCCCACUUUGAGUUUUGGACCUUUGAAACAAACAACUGUUCAACGCAGUGAAGCUUGCCUGAAAUCAUUGAGUAUUACAGCUUACAUGAAGUCUGUUUUCACCGAGAAUUAUCCUCACGUGACCCCUGUGUUUCAUUUUUAAAACGACUGCAAGAAACCGCCAAGGAAUAUUAAGAAGCAAUGCCUUUCACACGGGGAAAGAAACCCACGACUGGCCUCGCCAGCAAAAUACCAAGGUUGGGCAACGUUAACCCGGAGAAGAAGGAGGAUGGCCCUCAGGUGAAGAGGUCAUCGUCCCCCCCACACGGGGCCCCCAAGAAAAGGACCGCCUUUGUUGACAUCACUAACGCCCACAAGGUCCAGAUCUGCCUACCUGGCAGGAAGAAGGAUGCCACUAAGAAGCCGACAAAGAAGCCAAUCACCAAGACGGUGACCUCCAGGAAACAGGCCAACCUCAAACAGUCGUCCUCGUUGAGUUCUGAUGGCCUCUCGGUGGAGGUGGAGGAGGUGAAGAUAAAGAGCGAUGUGGAGGAGGUGGAGAUAAAGAGCGAGGUCUCGACCCAGCAGGAGGAGCUGAAGGUGGAGAGCAAGCUCAAGACGGAGGUGGAGGAGUUGGCGACCACAGUAGGAGAACUGGAGGUCGCCGCUGAGACCCCCACGGCCCCCCGGACCUUCCCGGCCCCCCAGAGACCCGAGGUCCCUGGGGAGUUUGACGUGGACUUGCAGUACUGGGACGACUGCUGCAUGGCCCCGGAGUACGCCAAGGAGAUCUUUGACUACCUGAAGCGCAGAGAGGAGAAGUUUGUCCUCUCGGACUACAUGUCCUUCCAGCCCAAUCUCAACCCCGGGAUGAGGUCCAUCCUGGUGGACUGGCUUGUGGAGGUGCAGGAGAACUUUGAGCUGAACCACGAGACGCUGUAUCUGGCGGUGAAGCUGGUCGACCAUUUCCUGUCAAUCUCGCCCGUCGCCAGGGAAACGCUGCAGCUCAUCGGAUCCACCACCAUGCUUAUCGCCUCCAAGUUUGAGGAGCGCAGCCCCCCCUGCGUCGACGACUUCAUGUACAUCUGCGACGACGCCUACAGACGGGAGGAGGUCAUCGCCAUGGAGACGAGCAUCCUGCAGACGCUGGGCUUCGACAUCAACAUCCCCAUUCCCUACCGCUUCCUGCGGCGCUACGCCAAGAAGCGUGGGUAUAUCUGA